AUGAGUGCCGGGGUGCUCCCUGCAAGGAGGCAGAGAGCACCCAGCAGCACCCCAGCAGGGAUGAGCCGGACCCCGACGGCAGCCCAGCAGAUCAUGCCAGUCUCCUCCAGGCCCCGGACAUCCUUCCUCAUCCAAGACAUCCUCUGGGAUGGGGCAGAGCAGGGAGCGCGGCCGGAGCGGGGCAAGAGUGGAGGGUUUGGCAGCCCGGAGGACAGGGAGCCGGGGUCGGCCGCAGCGGAGGGGAGCGAGGGCAGCUCGUCCCCGGGGGCUGCCCCCGGGCACCCCCCCGGGAGCCCGCGUCCCCCAGGAGCAUCCCCAGCCCAGGCGCGAGGGACACCCCACGAGGCGGACACAGCGGAAACCUACCUGUCAGAGUGUGUGUCCCCCCCGCGACCCCUGCCCAUCGCCCAGCGUCCCCCCAGGCAGGCGAAGCGCUCGCGGGCAGCCUUCUCCCACACCCAAGUCAUCGAACUGGAGCGGAAAUUCAGCCAUCAAAAAUACCUGUCGGCCCCCGAGCGAGCCCACCUGGCCAAGAACCUGCAGCUCACCGAGACCCAGGUGAAAAUCUGGUUCCAGAACAGGAGGUAUAAAACCAAGAGGAAACAGGUCACCUCCGAAAUCAGCAGACUGGACACGCGUCUGGCCGGGCAGAAAGCGGCCGAGCUGCCCGGAGCAUCGCUGCUCGCGCUGCGGGGCGGCUGGCAGUACCUGCCGUGCCUCUACUACUUGAACGGCUGGAGUCCCUCGUGGUGGUAA